AUGUCACGCUGCAUUUAUGACUGGGCCCGGAUGCUGGCGUCUGAUUGGCCGUCGCUGCUCAUCUUCCGUAACCACAGCGAUACUCCUCAGUCUUCCUUCUCCUCAUUCCUCAAUCUUUCUUCCUUCUCCUUCCCCUCAGUCCUCUGUAUUCCUUCUUUCUCUGCAGCCUCAGUCCUCCUGCCUUCUCCUCAGUCCUCCUGCCUUCUCCUUCUCCUCCGUCCUACUGCCUUCUCCUCAGUCCUCCUGCCUUCUCCUUCUCCUCCGUCCUACUGCCUUCUCCUCAGUCCUCCUUCCUUCUCCUUCUCCUCCGUCCUACUGCCUUCUCCUCAGUCCUCCUGCCUUCUCCUUCUCCUCCGUCCUACUGCCUUCUCCUCAGUCCUCCUGCCUUCUCCUUCUCCUCCGUCCUACUGCCUUCUCCUCAGUCCUCCUGCCUUCUCCUUCUCCUCAGUCCUCCUGCCUUCUCCUUCUCCUCCGUCCUACUGCCUUCUCCUCAGUCCUCCUGCCUUCUCCUUCUCCUCAGUCCUCCUGCCUUCUCCUUCUCCUCAGUCCUACUGCCUUCUCCUCAGUCCUCCUGCCUUCUCCUUCUCCUCAGUCCUCCUGCCUUCUCCUUCUCCUCAGUCCUACUGCCUUCUCCUCAGUCCUACUGCCUUCUCCUCAGUCCUCCUUCCUUCUCCGCAGCCUCAGUCGUCUGAUCGAGAGGAGAGCCGCUCCGAGUGCUCUGGGCUGGAGACGUUUUGUCCGAGCCCUAGGUCUCUUUCACUGAGGCAAGAUUAG